AGUAUUUGCUUAUAUAAGUUUGUUUGUGCAAAUAUAUAAAUAGAUGGAAUAAUCUAGUUCGUAUUCAGUUUUCCAAAAGAAGUUCUAUAAGAAAGAAAUUUAAUUAUUUUGAUUAUAAAGAAUAAUAAAAUUUUUCAUUAUGUACCAUAAUUAUAUUGUAUUAUUAAUAUUAUCUUUAUUAACGUGGACAUAUGCUGAGGAACUUUAUUCUGAUAAAUAUGAUUAUGUGAAUAUUGACGAAAUUUUGGCAAAUGAUCGUUUACGAAAUCAAUAUUAUGAUUGUUUCAUCGAUGCAGGCUCUUGUAUAACUCCGGAUUCGGUGUUUUUUAAAAGUCAUAUAACCGAAGCAUUUCAAACACAAUGUAAAAAAUGUACCGAAAUUCAAAAACGAAAUAUGGACAAAUUAGCAGAAUGGUUUACUGCAAAUGAACCAGAAAAAUGGAAUCAUUUCGUGGAAACAAUGAUAAAGAAAAAAGAUGAAAACGCAUAAGGUUCACGUUAACUAAUUAUUAAUAUAAUUAAUUUUUUAUAUAAAAUAGUGAAUAGUAGUAAUUAUUAGUAAUUGAAAUAUAUCUAUUAUAUUCUAAUUAUAUAAUGUAAUGACAAAUAUAAUAAAAUUAUUAUAAAA